UCAGACUUUUCCCAGUGGAGCUGGAGAACAGGCUUCAAUGAAAACUGCCUGUUUUCAGCUACAUGGAGACUGCAGGCACCACAAUCACUAUUUCCUCUACCUGACCUGGAGCAGAAACUUCAUCAUUAGGAUAGAAAGGUAGCCUUGUUGCCUAGCAAAGGUAGGAUGAUUUAUCUCUGUCUCUAGAUUGGUCCCUUUUCUUUGCUGCACAGGAGAAUUGUUUUCAGACUUCCAAGGAGAAUGAAGCCAGGCUAGAAAUCGGAGUGGAUGCGUGAGAGCUGCUCUCCCAGGGAGGAGAAGGAGACACGGGGUUUCUGUGAUUUUUGUGGCUGUGCAGCACAGGACAAUGGUUUUAUCUGCCCCAGUUAUAGCCCUGGGGGCUACCUUAGGGACUGCAACUAGCAUCCUUGCCCUCUGCGGUCUCACCUGCUUCUGCAAAUGUAAGCAACCUGAGAAGGGACUCUCAGAAAAGGACCAAGAGGAGGACACGGAAAAUACUAAGCCCAGUGUGCUUCAGCCAGCCCAGCAAUUCAACGUUAAGAAAACUGCAGAGCCAGUCCAGCCUCGAGCACUCCUGAAGUUUCCCAACAUUUAUGGCCCCAAACCAGUAGUAACUUCACCUGAAAUUGUUAACUACACGCAGUACUCCCUGAAGACAACAGAAGAAUCAGCUCCUGGAAAACAUACUGGUUUGGAUGAGAACAGGAUGAAGAUACAAGUCAACGAAGAGCUGUUUGUUCUCCCUCAAAACGUUCCAGGUGUCGUAAAGGACGUGUGUGUCACAGAACACUUGAACCCUGAGAGGGCAGCCAGCUGUAACCAGGCCCCUGAGCUGCGCUACUCCCUUGCAUAUGAUCAACAAAAAGCCGAGCUGCGUGUGGCCCUUCUAGAAGCUGUGCAUGGCAGAAUGAGAGGGGACCAAGAUGCUGGCUGCCAUUGCUACAUACUGGGUACACUGGUGAGCAAAUCAGGUAUUGCUGAGGCCCAGACAGAGCUGAAGAAGAAGGUACUUCACACGGUCUGGGAGGAGGUUUUGCGAUUCUCAUUAACAGAGGAGGAGAUGCCAGAGGGGACGCUGACUCUCACCCUGAGAAACUGCGACAAGUUCUCCAGACACAGCAUUGUGGGGGAACUCAAACUGAGUCUUUCUAACAUGGAGGAGUCCUUUGGGAUGGCCCAGUGGGAAAGGCUAAAGACCCCAGAGAAGGAGCCGUCUACAGGCCGUGGGGAGGUUCUGCUCUCUAUCAGCUACCUGCCAGCAGCUAACCGCCUGCUGGUGGUGAUUAUUAAGGCUAAAAAUCUCCAUUCCAAGCAGCUGAAAGAUCUACUUGGCAACGAUGUUUCUGUCAAGGUGACACUGAGGCACCAGUCCUUGAAGCUGAAGAAGAAGCAGACCAAACGUGCAAAACACAAGAUCAACCCUGUGUGGAAUGAGAUGAUCAUGUUUGAGGUGCCUCAUGAGCUGCUGCGUGCCUCCAGCGUGGAGCUGGAAAUGCUGAGCCAGGAUGGUGAUGGGCAGAGCCACGUGCUCGGCAAGUGCAACCUGGGCUUACACGUCAUGGGAACGGAGAGGAACCACUGGGAAGAAAUGCUGAGGAACCCCCGGAGACAGAUAGCCAUGUGGCACCAGCUCCACAUGUAGGCUCAGUCAGAUUUCCAUCAGGCCUCUGAGCCUGGGGGAAUAAGCUGCAUUUCACCUUCCACCUUCCCCUCCUCAAAGUCGCUCAGAACAGCAUUUUUCAUACACCACUUUCUCUGGUUUUCCUGCCUCAUCCUAGCCCAAGGAACUGUCUGGAAAAUUUAUUUAAAGGACAAUCUCUUGCCUAAUCAAGUGGUUCUCUCAAAAAAGAGGUUUGGCUGCCUGGAUGGUUUGAAUUAAUAUUAUUAGCUUGCCCACUGUCAUUUCUAUGAGGUCCCUGUUUCUGUAGAGAAGCAGAGGGGAGCAAAGGUAUCAUGGAAAUGUAAGCCACUCCUUGGCAUCUGCCACUGUCACCCAAGUCCCUUGAUGAGUGCUGGCUUCAUAAUCACAGACACGCAGCAGAUGUUUAACUAGUCACUUUUUCAUAAUACUUUAAAAGACUUUGAGAAAUGAAGAUCACAAAAUUAACUUUUUUAGACCCAAAGUAUCAUCAUGAGAGUGAAGCCAAUGUGCAGUAGAUGGGUACCUAGAAAAAGAUACAGAACUAAGGGAGAGAGCAGAGGAAGAAGGGAGAGUGGGACAGUUAACACUAUCAUCCUGUGCAGCCUUUGAAGCAAACACUGCCAAACAAGAAGUCAAGUACCUUCCUUUACUUUUGUUUCCUGGAGUGUUUGAUACCUUGUAUUUAGGAUUCAUUAAAACUACCAAAAAUCUGAACAUUUCAGGAUCCUUUAGCAGAAUACCUAUAUCUUCUAUCUUUCUACAGUGUCACCCAGGAAGACACUAAACAUGGACACAAAGUUGAUGUUACCUCCAAAAACUUGGACCAAAUCUUUACCCUUACUCACAUCUUCUCUUUUUGAUUUUUUUCUGAGUUAGAAAGUUUCAGAUACUCUAAUUAUAUUCCAAACUACAUCUAAGACUUGGCAAAAGAAGUGGAAUAAUUUCAUACCUUAGUAGUUGAUGGAUGUUUUUGAUUUGACAGUUAACUACUGCACUCAAAUCCUCAUACCAGCACUACCUGAAGACAACCCUUAAGAACUGCCAUGUAUUUCAUCACCUCCAGACAGAAGGAAUUGACUGACCAGACAGUCUCUCCAGGGCUUGGGUUUUUUUGUGUGCAUUUUCAAGAUUUGACGUGGUUUAAAUGUUACUGUUUACUGUCCUUUUUUUGUGUCUAGAUGGCCUAAAAGUCUAGCAUUGGCAGUGAUGAUGUUAUGACCCCAUAAGUACACUGCUUGUCCUACUGCUCUAUUUCAAGCCGUAGACACAGCUUUAAGAGUCUUCCCUGGGGACAAGGCAUCCGAAAAUCUGAAAACAGAACAGUAUAGUUUGUAGCACUGAAAAACUCAGAGAAAUUCAUAGUGGCAGGGUCAGAUUGAUACUCUGUUUAAUUCAAAAUAUUAAGCUAUACUUUAUCGAGUAUCCAUCCCAUUCUGAUGUCUUAGUCAAACAUGUCUGGCAGAUUGCCAGGUGAAGGUUGCCAUCACGUUAGCAUGGGGAGUCUGAAAACUGGCUGAAGCACCAGGCACAGUGGAUUAUGAACAGAGGAAUGAAGUUCAGAUGGAAGCCAGUCACUAGACAUGACUGGGGUCACUAGUGGGACUGACACUGUUGAACACCUUCAUAAAUGACCUGGACAAUGGGGCAGAGCAUGGCCUCAGCAAGUUUGGAGAUGAUAUAAAACUGGGAGUAGUGCUUGACACAAUAGGCGAUUGUGCUACCAUUCAGAGGGAUGUGGAGAGGCUGGAGAAAUGGGCUGGCAGAAACCUCCUGAAAUUCAUCGAGGAAAAGUGCAAAGUCAUGAACCUGGGGAAGAACAACCCCAUGCACCAGUGCAGGGCUGGGUGCUGACCAUCUGGGAAGUGGCUUUCCAGAAAAGGACCUAGGGUGUCCUGGUGGACACCAAGUUGAACGUGAGCCAGCAAUAUGCUCUUGCAGCAAAGAAGGCCAACAGUGUCUUGUGUUGCAUUAGGAAAAGCAUUACCAGCAGGUCAUGGAGGGGUGAUCCUUCCUCUCUACUCAGCACUGGUGAGGGCACAUCUGAAGUGCUCUGUCUAGUUCCAGGCUCCCCAGUGCAAGAAAGAUACGGACUUACUGGAGAGAGUACAGCAAAUGGCCACGAAGAUGAUUAAGGGACUGGAGCAUCUUCUGUAGGAGGAGAGGCUGAGAGAGCUGGCAAUGUUCAGCCUGGUCAAGAGAAGGGUCAGGGGAGCAACUUACUAACAUGUAUAAAAACCUGAUCUGGGAGAGGAGAAACAAAGAUGGAGACAAACGCUUUUCACUGAUGUCCAGUGACAGGACAAGAGGCAAGGGCACAAAUCGCAAUACAGGAAAUUCCAUUUGAACACAUGGAAAAAAAAAAAAAAAAAGAAAAAAAAAACUUUUUUACUGUGAGAAUGAUCAAACACUGGAACAAGAUGCUCAGAGAGGUUUUUGGCAGUCCCCAACCUUGGAGACACUCAAAAUCUGAUGGGAUACAGCGCUGAACAACCUGCUCUAGUUUACCUGACUUUGAGCAGAGGUAGGUUUAUACAAGAUUAUCUCCAGAGGUCCUUUGUAUCCUCAGUGAUGCUGUGAUUCUGUGAAGAGACUGACAACUGUUAUCUUUACACUACUAUUCCCUUUAUAGGUGGUUAUGGCCAGGAGUUACAGGAUCAUUUUGAAGAGAGUGAUAAAAAUAUCUUUGACCGAACAAGAAAACAAACAAACAGAAAUCGAAGUAUACCAAUGAAUCUUACACCCAAUGUUUUAAUCUCUGAUAUUGCUCCAGGGGGAUUUAAACAAAAAGAAAAUGGACUUCUUGUUUUGCUCUAUGGAUUUUUGAUCAUUAACAAAAAGCUGUGAAUAAACUAGACACAGGGUUUUAGUUGACAGUGAAUUCUUAAUAGUUGCUAUAUUCAUGAUUUGCCUGUAGAUAUACCUUUAGAAUCAUCAUUUCUAUUUAAGCGCAAAAAUUGUUGUAAUUCUGGCCUACUCUACAUAGUGUUCCUGGCAGCACUGUGAUUCUUCCUUCUUUUUAGGAUAAUGAUAAGAAGGAUAUUUGCCUGGCACCGGAAAGCCUGAAGGGCCAAAUAUUUGCCUUGCUUCCAAGAGAUUUCUCCAGUUCUGCCUCCUGCAGAUGAGCUUUUUAUAACAUCUUGGUGACUGUAAACAGUAUUAUCUGCCUCUGCCCCUGGUGAUUUUGGCACACCCCGUAAUUAGAUAGCAAUCCUAUAGCAUCUGAAGGAAUUGCCUCUUGCAAUCUUAUUUUGCUGUGACAAAACAAUGUCCCAUUUUACAGCAGAAAAAUAUGUAUACGCACACUGCUUAACCACAAAUCUGUCUUAGGAGCAAAGCGGUGCCAUCAGUGUUAACGAACUGUUGUUCCCUCCCUUGCUGGAAUGGUAUUUAAAUGGGGAAAAGAGGAAGAGUGAAAAUGCAUGCAUCUUUCCCGGCUGGAUCAUUUUUGUUCUCUUGCAUUUUAGCCUUGAAAGAAUGUUUCUCCCAUUCAGCCCAGGCUGAACAAAGACUACCAGGUGUUUAUUUAAUGAGGCAGCCAUUUGCUGUGCUGGGUAUGAAAGCAAGCACAGUUAAGGGUGCUGGCUGGCCUGACCAGGAGGAAUGCUGCUACGUGUGGUAUGGGAGGGCCAGGGAUGCUCAGUCUGGGCCCUUUUGAACUCUGGUAAUAGGAGCUGUUUGUCAUCGCAUUCCAGCACCUGCCCAGGGCCCUGUCCUCAUCCCUCUGAACCUCCUGUAUCGCCUGUUCAGCAACCCUUGUAUGCCCCUGAGCCCCAGCACCCCAAGGGCCGGAGGUGCUAAACUGGCCCAGGCAGACAAACUGGGGGCAGUUCUGGUGGUAGAUGACAAUGUCAUGAAUAUAAACACAAAGUAUUUGGAAACUCGGUGCCAUCAUAUCAAGCAGCUUCAGCAACACAAGCUGUUAAAGUGUCACUUAGGUGCAAUAAAGCCAGAGAACCGAUGCAGACAGCCCCAUGGUUUUCAGCUCCUGAAGGUGUAAAUACAGGAGCAUCAGUGAGCAACACUAACAUGUCUUAAAUUAAAGGGUGCUGCUUAUAAACUGCAUAAGAGAAGAAGCAAAAAAAAAAAACCAGUUAUGGCAAUUAAUGUUCUUUAGCUAUAUGUGUGUGACCAAAAUUAGCCAUUAAGAGUCCCCAGUGGCUAUUCAGUGGUUGCACUGAUUAUUCUGCCUACUAUAACCCAUUAACAUGAAGAAGCUGGAAGCCAAGGGACUGUAGGGAAAAAAAUGGGGGGUGGGGGGGCAGUCUACCUGGUUGGAAUGAACAAUCCUUUUCACAAAGGGCCAGAGAUCUGCAGGUUUCAGGACAGGGAUUCACAGUCCCCUGUCCAGUGACAAAACCCACACAACACAACUACUGUAAAACAGAAAGAAAUGCAGCUCCCGUAUUGCAUCCAGCAUCACCUGGCAGAGGUGAUCUGCUCUGGCUGCUGUUCAGAGGAGGGGACUGAGAGGCCAGAGAAAAUAAAUUGUGACUACACUAAAGAAUUACUUGAUUAAAACAUGGAUUGUAGCCAUAUGUUGCUUUGCCUCAACCUGCCAUCAGAGCUACGUCUUCCCCAACAAAAGACCUGGUUUGAUUUUAGGCAAUUUGUGUUACAGUAGAAGAGAUUAAAAAGCACAGAUCAUCAAUAGUCACUAAAUCAUUUCUGGGAUGUUUCAGACUCAUUACUACUCUCAGCCUGCUUUCUCAGUUGUAAGGAGGAGCAGUUGCAUCUGGUGUCCUGUAAGGGUAACGCUUUUUCAGUGCACAGUUUUCCCCCCACUUCUUGUCCCAAAUAUCCUUGCAAGGUGAUAGGAACCAUGUGUGCUUUGCAAAGAGGUAACACAUC